CGGUACCUACCUUGAACAGAGAGUCAACAAUCAACAACAGAUCAGUACGAAGGAGUACGAGUAGGAUAAUAGGAGUUUUUUGUUGUUUUUGUGAAUAAGGCAGGACUCUCUUCGAUUCCUUGUUCCCCCCAUCUCGACAUCCGCAGACUACGAUGAAGAAAGCGAGCACAAUGGCAACAACGGGGUUCGUGUUUCUGGCAUCACGUACCAUUAGCAUUAUCCCCACGGCUCGAGCCUUUACGCUAGUCACACCAAAACACGCUGCUGUUACCGCAAGAAAUCGCUUUCUGAGCACGAGCAUGAACGCUUCCGGACCGCGCCAGACCGCCAUCGAGGAACGCCUCACGGAAGCCUUCGCUCCGACCUUUCUCGACGUCCAGAACACAUCUCACGGACAAAAGUCCGAUGAGAGCCACUUUAAGGUGGUCGUGGUGUCGGAGGCCUUCGAGGGAACCCGAUUGGUGGGCCGCCACCGGGCCAUCAACAAGGCCGUCUCGGAAUCAGAUGGAUCGCUCGGGUUUCACUCCCUGGAGAUUGGAGCAGCUAAAACACCCGAGGAGUGGAACCAGAACUCUAACGUAGCGCCCUCACCAAAAUGCCAAGGCGGAGACGGAAGGGGUAUGAAGAACUGAGGUAGCUCCUUCUUGAUACUAAUAAGAUAUCGACUGGUCUUCACAGAAGAACGGAAGAGUUUCGCCGCUCGUUGGCAUUUCUCCUUACUGAAUCGUAAAAGUUCAAUGCCAAAUAUCUGGUAACAACCAUGUUUUGUUUCGCGCACUGAUGGAACCACACACUACGARCAAAGAAACAUGUAUAGUAUGAACUUUGAAUUAUUUUAACGAAAAAGUAGAKCGAUGGAAACCAGAAUACGAAGAAAGAAACAUGGAUAACGUGGACUUUAAAAUAUUCAAACAAAUACUUUAGGCGAUC